GCCAUGUUAGGUCAAUUUUGAAUCCUAUGGAAUUUACCUCAAGACAUACAUCUUCUUAUCAGACAACGUUACACACACCUGAACCCACGAAUAAGCAAGGGCCUCCUUCAUUUACAUAACUCUAUAACAUAACCUAUAACUAGUUAACUAACUAACAGAACUAGGUUAACUCUAUACCACUUCUAUGAAACUUUUCAUCCCAUCCCAUCCUCGCACAAUCCACUUUACAUUAGCAACGUUCCCCCGUCACCCAACCCGGUCCCUCACCAUGUCAACACCGGCCGCACCCCGGGGUACACCGACCCAAACCAAGCCCUCAAUUCCCAAAGGCAAAACCGAGCUGAAAAUACUCAUGCUCCACGGUUACACCCAAUCUGGGCCCCUCUUCUCCUCCAAAACCAAAGCCCUCUCCAAACUCCUCAUCAAAGCCCUAUCCCCCGCGCCCUAUAACCUACACCCAACGCUCCUUUUCCCCACGGCCCCGCAUCGCCUGCGUCCCUCCGACAUUCCGGGGUACGUCCCCCCGGAGGAGGACGAAGACGACGAAGAAUCCGACAACUGGGCCUGGUUCCGCAAGGACGAGGCGACGGGUGCGUAUCGCGGGUUUGAGGAGGGAAUGCAGAGUAUUGCGGCUGAGAUUGCCAAAGCGGGAGGUAUUGAUGGUGUAUGUGGGUUUAGCCAGGGAGGAGCGGUGGCUGCGCUUGUGGCUGCAGCGUUGGAGCAACCAUAUCGAGACCCGCCGUCUUCGUCCCACGCAGCAUCCCCUUCGGACCCGUCCUCGCAACCUGAAGAAGCAGACUGGUCCUGGGUGAACGAGCUGCGCAGAGCGAACAAUAACCAAGCGCUGAGCUUCUCUGUCGUGUACUCUGGUUUCUACGCGCCGAUAGACUCGCUACGAUGGCUAUAUGAGCCGCCUAUCACGACGCCGACGCUGCAUUUCCUAGGUAGCUUGGACACGGUUGUCGAGGAGAGCCGGAGCAAGGGUCUUGUGGACCGGUGCAAGGAUCCUACGGUCAUUGUGCAUCCAGGGGGUCACUACGUGCCUGUUGCCAAGGACUGGGCUAUGGCUUUGGCAGGCUGGUUAAGGCAGCGGUAUGAGGACCCGGAGGCUGCGAGUAAACGGUCGCUGUGAAUAGGUAGGUAGGGCUACGCCGUUGAGGUCUAAAAUUUAGAGACUCUACAAGAGAGAUUGACCCGGGAUUAGAAACUAGGUAUGGGGGCAUCAUACGCACGACUACACGUAUAGUAGAAUCAAGACAUAGAAGGCAACCCUGUUCUUCACGGGCAUUAUGUGCCUCCUAAUUUAAAUAUUAUA